CCAAAUCCAAGAGAUCUGCCAAGACCAGAUGUUAAAGAACUCCACGUUCCUAUCUACAACCCAAAGGAAAAAUACAAGGAGCAGUCCGAAGAACUUCACAAAUUUGGUACAUACGUCAUGGGCUGUAUGCCAAAGUUUGUUCAGCAAUUUAGUGUUUGGAAGGAUGAACUUAUAGUGUAUUGUGCACCAUCAGGUUUGAUUCCAUUAGCAACCUUUUUAAGAGACCAUACUUCAUCACAAUUCAAGGCUUGUAUGGACGUCACUGCCGCAGAUUACCCAAGCAGAACCAAUAGAUUUGAUGUGGUCUAUGAUCUGUUAUCUGUUAGAUUCAACUCCCGUAUCAGAAUUAAGACAUACACCUCAGAAGUAAGACCUGUACCUUCUUUUGUUCCAUUAUACCCAGGUACCAACUGGUUCGAAAGAGAAACAUACGAUAUGUAUGGUAUUUUCUUUGAAGGUCAUCCAGACUUGAGAAGAAUCAUGACCGAUUAUGGUUUUGAAGGUCAUCCAUUGAGAAAAGAUUUCCCAACCACCGGUUACACUGAAGUUAGAUACGAUGCCGAGAAGAGAAGAGUCGUUUAUGAACCAUUAGAAUUAACUCAAGCAUGGAGAAACUUCACAGUCGGUUCAUCAGUUUACGAUCAAGCUGGUGAAGGUAUUGAUGCUACCCCAGCUGACUUCAAAUUGCCAGAGCCAGUGUUGGAGGAAGAAGUUAAGGAUGAUAAGAAGAAA